AUGGUGCUAGUCUUUGGACUAGCCUUCACCGUCAACAUCAAAGGAAGUCCCGUGAAAAGCACGCGUGGGUUGCAAGAUGAUCUGGACGAAUUCAUGGCACUGAUCCCGAAGAUAAAAGUGAUGACGAUAUUCUUAGACUACAUGAAAAAUGACGCUGAAGUGCAGGCAGCCAUGGCGUACAUCAAAUCGGAAGAUUUCCACCAACUGGUCAGAGCAAUCGAGAAAAUGGACCACGUCAAAGCGUUGUAUAAGUAUCUAUACGAUUCAGGAUUAGAUAUUUACCGGGAGGUCAACGGGAUCCACGGAUUGAUCGGAAUGGGUCCAUUUGAGCCGUUCAAAAUGAUGAAAUCAACCCGAAGAACUGGAGGCAUGGCUGGACUAAUUGCUGAUAUCAUGCUAGUGCUUCCAAAAGAGAAGUUCAAAGCUCUGUACUACGAGAAGCUGGAAACGUCGGAAGAAUUCAAGAAGUUGAUCGAGAGGCUGAAGGCUCCAGAGUUUCAAGAGGGAAUUGAUCUUAUAUUCACCAACGAGGAGAUCCAGUUCAUUUUCCAGAAGAUGAUCGCAGCUGGAGUGGACGUCAAAGCUAUUCUAAGUGUCCUUUCGACGAUACUAGGCUAUGAAUUUCCAGAUGUGCCUUCUUCCCCUUCGGUGCUACGGAGUAUUAAGGAAGAAAAAACACUGCAUGAUGACUUGGAUGAUUUCAUGAGACUUUUGCCUUUUCAAAAGAUGAGAGAAGUGGCGAUGCUCUACCUUGAACAUGAUGAAGAGGUCAAAUCAGUCGUUGAAUACGUGCAAAGUAAAGAGUUUGUUGAAUUGGUGCGAGUAGUAGAAGCCAUUGAAGAUGUUAUCCGCUUCUAUGACUACCUUCAUGAAUCCGGGUUGAAUGUUUAUGACCUCGUUAACAAGUUGCAUGACUUCGUUGGCCUACCUCAUCUUCCUAAACCAUCAGGAUCACUGAAAAAAGUGACUACCAAUGGAGUCGCUGGUCUGAUCGCUGAAAUCAAAGCACUUUUGCCGUUUGAAGAAAUUAAAGCGAUGUACUAUCACAAAUUGGAGACAUCCGUCCAUUUUAAACAACUCGUUGAACGGCUCCAAUCUCCGGAAUUCCAAGCGAUCAUAGACACUCUGCUCGCAAAUCAAGAAUUCCAAGCAAUUUUAGCAGCAGCCAAAAAAUUUGGCGUUGACGUAAAAGCAUUAGCUGAUUUGUUGUCUACAGUUUUUGGUCUUGAGUUCCCUUCAAAUAUUGAUUUACACCAAACCAGAGCCAAACGUUCCCUUCGCGAUGACUUGGAUGACUUUGUAAGACUUUUGCCCCUUCAAGAAAUAGAAAAAGUAGUCGUACUCUACGUUGAACAUGAUGAAGAGGUCAAAUCAGUCAUUGAAUACGUGCAAAGUGAAGAGUUUGUUGAAUUAGUGCGAGAAGUAGAAUCUAUUGAAGAUGUUAUCCGCUUCUAUGACUACCUUCAUGAAUCCGGGUUGAAUGUUUAUGACCUCAUUAACAAGUUGCAUGACUUCGUUGGCCUGCCUCAUCUUCCUAAACCAUCAGGAUCACUGAAAAAGGUGACUACCAAUGGAGUCGCUGGUCUGAUCGCUGAAAUCAAAGCACUUUUGCCGUUUGAAGAAAUUAAAGCGAUGUACUAUUACAAAUUGGAGACAUCCGUCCAUUUUAAACAACUCGUUGAACGGCUCCAAUCGCCGAAAUUCCAAGCGAUCAUUGACACUCUUCUUAUGAACCAAGAGUUUCAAGAGAUCAUCACAGCAGCUAAAAAGUUUGGGGUCGAUGUCAGAGCUGUCGCUGAUCUGCUUUCAACUAUGUUUGGACUCGAGUUUCCUUCUAGUAGUAAAAGUCUUAGAAGGACUAUCACUGACCAUUUAAACGAUUUCAUAGUUUUGCUGCCGCUUGAUAAAAUCGCAAAGAUCACUGUUGAUUAUAUUUUGAACGAUGUUGAAGUUAUUAUUGCUGUUGAGUACCUAAAGUCGGACGAGUUCAAGGAUUUGAUGGUCAGGGUGGAAAACGACCCAGAAGUUGUUGAUUUUUUUGAGUAUUUGAAAGGAUUAGGAGCAGAUUUUCAUGAUUUGGUCAGCACUAUCAACGAUUUCUUGGAUAUUCAUCCACAAUCUCAACAAAAAAUCUCAAAAUUGACCUCAAUGUAUUCAGGUGGAGGAAUUCAAGGAAUGUUGAACGAAAUCCACAAAGUGAUUCCUUACGACGAAUUCAAGGCUUUGUACGAGCACAAAAUCAAAACUUCUGAAGAGUUCAAGUUCUUUCAUGAGCAGCUAAAGAGUCCAGAAUUCCAAGCUCGUGUUGAUAAGCUAGUCGUAAACCCUAACUUGCAAGAAUUGGGUGCACAAGCUUACAUGUACGGAAUUAGUAUCAACAAAAUCACUGAGUUUCUUUCAGAGCUGAUUGGUUUGAAGUUCCCGGAAUAUCCAAGUCUUCCAGCUUCUCCGUCCAGAAGAGGGUUCAGGAACCUCAACGACGAUCUGAAUGACUUUUUUGCGCUGGUGUCGUUUGAGAAGAUCAUCUUUACUGUCGUUGACUACGUUAUGCACGACGACGAGGUCCAGAAAGUUGCAAUUUACCUUCGCUCGGAAGAGUUUAGAGUACUGGACCAAGCUUUGAACCAAAUUCCGGAGUACAAUGACAUUUUGAAGGAAUUGAGCUCUAUUGGAUUCAAUGUCGGCAAGUGGAUCAAUGAUAUUCACAGUUUUCUGGGUAUUGAUUACUAUCAGCUUGGUUUUAAGAAGAAUUUGCUAUUUGUCAGCAAACCUGGAGUUGCUGGGCUUAUUGAGGCUAUCAAAGCAUUGCUGCCCUACGAAAACAUCAAGAAUCUUUAUCAUGAGAAGUUAGAAACUUCCGAAGAUUUUAGAUUCUUUGUGGAACUUAUCAAGUCAGAAAAAUUCCAAAAACUCACUGACACACUUUUUGCGAAUAAGGAAUUCCAGAGUCUGCUUCACAAGGCUAAAAGUCACGGGAUUAAUUUGACAGUUAUUGCAGACUUCUUUUUACGGGUUUUUGGAAUUACAACCCCUUCAGACAUUAUUGAAUCCAUGUAA